UCCGUGCGUGGAGCGUCCGUGCCUCGCUCCUGGGCUCCCGAGCUCCUGGGCUCCGGAGCUUUGGCCUGUCAGCCUGUGGGAGCGGCUCCGCGGAGGGACAGCACAAACAUGGCAGCGCUCACAUCGCUCACUCAGCUGUCCAGUGGGAACCCCCUCUUUGAGAGCUUCUACAGACAGGUGGACCCAGGGAACACGGGCAGGGUGGGGCCCACUGAAGCAGCUCUGUUUCUGAAAAAGUCUGGCCUGCCUGACACCACACUGGGAAAGAUCUGGGACUUGGCUGAUCCUGAUGGAAAAGGCUAUCUGGACAAACAGGGCUUCUAUGUGGCUCUGCGCCUGGUGGCCUGUGCACAGAGUGGCCAGGAGGUGGCACUGUCCAGCCUCAGCCUCACCGUUCCACCACCCAAAUUUAAGGAUAGCAGCAGUCCGUCUCUGGGCAGCGUGGUGCCGGGUGCUGGGGAGCAGCACUGGGCUGUCAGGGCCGAGGAGAGGAGUAAGUUUGAUGGGAUCUUCGAGAGCCUGGCUCCUGUGAACGGGCUCCUGUCUGGAGACAAGGUCAAACCUGUGCUCAUCAACUCCAAGCUGCCUCUGGACAUCCUGGGCAAGGUGUGGGACCUCAGCGACAUUGACAAAGAUGGCCACUUGGACAGGGAUGAGUUUGCAGUGGCCAUGUACCUGGUUUACCGCGCCCUGGAGAAGGAGCCUGUCCCAUCAGUGCUGCCCCCCUCGCUAGUCCCUCCAUCUAAGAGGAAGAAGAGCCUGGUGUCUCUAUCCGGGACAUUGCCAGGUGUACCUGGUGUACCCGGUGUGCCCGGUCUGCCUGCCAGCCCCCCACCCCCCAAAGACUCCCUGAGGUCCACCCCGUCCCACGGCAGCAUGACCUCCCUCAACAGCACGGGCAGCCUGUCCCCCAAGCACUCUCUCAAGUCUGCUCAGCAGCCUGUGAAUUGGGUGGUGCCUGUGUCAGAGCGUGGUCGCUAUGACGACAUCUUCCUGAAGACAGAUGCAGACAUGGACGGCUUUGUGAGCGGGCUGGAGGUCAAAGACAUUUUCAUGCAGUCAGGACUCUCCCAGAAUGUCCUCGCACAUAUAUGGGCUUUGGCAGAUACCAGGCAGAUGGGGAAGCUGACCCGAGAACAGUUUCUCGCCAUGCACUUGAUCCAGCAGAAAGUGAGCAAAGGCCUGGACCCUCCCCAGACUCUGAGCGCAGACAUGAUCCCCCCGUCGGAGAGGGGGACCCCGGUGCCUGGCAUGGCAGGAUACAUGGCCCCAGCAGGAUCUGACAUGGCAGCUCUGUCUGACAUGAGGAGGGACAGUUCCAGCUCUGUGGGGUCAGGAGAGUUCACCGGCAUCAAAGAGCUGGACGACCUGAGCCAGGAGAUCGCACAACUGCAGAGGGAGAAGUACACUCUGGAGCAGGACAUCAGAGAGACUGAGGAGUCCAUCAGGCACAAGACCACCGAGGUCCAGGACAUGCAGAGUGACCUGGACAGGGAGACGGCCGCCCUGCAGGAGUUAGAGGCACAAAAACAGGAGGCGCAGGAGCGGCUGGAGGAGAUGGACCAGCAGAAGAACAAGCUGGAGGACAUGCUCAACGAGGUCCGCAUCAAGUGUCAGGAGGAGUCGCACAUGAUCUCCAGCCUGCAGAGCCAGAUCCACUCUCAGGAGUCCGACCUCCACAGUCAGGAGGAGGAGCUGAGCCGGGCCAAAGCAGACCUGGGCCGGCUGCAGCAGGAGGAGAGCCAACUGGAGCAGAGCCUCAGCGCGGGCAAGAUCCAACUGGAAACCAUCAUCAAGUCCCUGAAGGCCACGCAGGACGAGAUCAACCAGGCUCGCAGUAAGCUGUGCCAGAUCCAGGACAGCCAGCAGGAGGUGUCUCGGAGCAUCGAGCAGUUCAACAGCACCCUGAACGGCACCCACGGGGGCAGCAUGACCAACCUGGCAGACAUGGGCGAGACAUUCAGUGACCGGGAGAACGGGGGAUUCACGGCACCUAGACCCACCCAGGUGGAGGAUCCAUUCAAAGUGAAGGCGUCGGUGUUCCCUGGCCAGCCCCAGCCGGUGUUCCCCAGCCAGCCUCAGGAGCUGCACUGUGACCCCUUCCACUCUGAGGACCCCUUCAAGAGUGACCCGUUCAAAGGUGACCCCUUCCAAACUGACCCCUUUGCAAAGCUGCCCACAGGACCUGCAGAUCCAUUUGGAGGAGACCCGUUUAAAGAGACAGACCCGUUCAAGUCGUCCUCCGAAGAUUUCUUUAAGAAGACCACCAAGGACCCCUUCUCUUCAGCAGACCCCUUUAACAAAAGUGCUACACUGCCAUCCAAGCAGCAAACCAGUCACUUUCCGAGCGCUGACCCCUUCUCUUCAAGCAACCCAAAGUCUAAAGGAGCCGAUUUGUUCGGCUCCCUGGACCCGUUCGGCAGCAGCUCCUUCAGCAGCACUAACACCUCCGCAGGCUUUGCAGACUUCAGCCACAUGUCCAAACCCAGAGACCCAUUUGAGGGCAGGGCCAGCUGGCUGCCAGACUACCAGAAGUCAGUAUUUGCAGAAGACCCGUUCAGUAGAAAAAGUGACACCCCAGCUCUGCCCCCAAAGAAAGGAGUCCCGCCAAGACCCAAGCCACCCAGCGGUAAAAGCACGCCUGUGAGCAGUGAGUCCAGGAGCGAUCCGUUCCAGCCCUUUGGCUCUGAGCCUGUGGACCCCUUCCACAGUAAGAAGGGAGUGGACCCCUUCAGUGGCAAAGACCCCUUCGCUCCAGCCUCCACCACAAGAGGAGAGAAAGGCAAGUUUGGGAACGAGGCGCAGCAGCUGGAGUGGGCCAAACGCGAGAGCGAGAGGGCGGAGAGAGAGAGACUCAAGAGACUCAGGCAGCAGGAGCAAGAAGACCUGGAGCUCGCCAUUGCACUGAGCAAGGCCGAGAUGUCCAACGCCUGAGGACAUGUCCCCCAACAUGUCCCCCAACAUGUCCCCCAAUGGCUGAAGACAUGUUCGCCCAACAGCUGAGAGGACAUGUUCACCCAGCAACCUAGGACAUGUCACCCUAUGGCCCCUGACCUACACCUCAGAGGACAUGUCCCCCUGUCCCACAGCAGAGAGGACAUAUCCCCCCAGCGCCGGAGAAGACAUGUCCCCAUCGCCUGUGAGGACAUGUCUACUGUCUACUCACUGUUUAUUAUGAAGACUAAUGGUAAUUACUGUACUUUGGAGAACUUCAAACUAAGCCUGUUGAUUGGUGAAGGAGGAUGGUUCCAGCUGAAUGUCCCUCCCCCAGGACUGAGGGGCUGAGGGGACACAGAGCCAGGACUGUCUUUGCUUUGGACCUCCCUUCCUCCACACUCAGAGUUUGGGUGGAAGUCUGCCUAUUCUCCUGGGGUUCUCCAGAAGCUGCUGCUCUACACUGGUCUGAGAACUUCAGGACUCUUGUAUUAUAAAAUGUCCCAUGUGUUGUGUCUCCGCCUACGUCUCGACUGCUUAUCCUGAUGACUUCCUCCAGGGAUCCUACAUAACAGGUCCAGUGCUUUUUACAGUAUGUUACAUGUGGGUGAGUCUGCAGGGGGUGGAGGUGACCUCACAACAUUCUAGAGGCCUAAUCAUUAAAGGUGCACUAUGUAACUUUUCUGGCAAAUGAAGAUGAGAGACUGUGAGACAGUGAUAUGCAGAUUUUGUUGUAAUAUUGCAGGUCUAACCAAUAGAAUGUCAUUCACUGAUUUCAGCUUCCUGUUUGUAGGCGCCACUUUGAGGAUAAUGAUAAAAUAUUUUCUUUUGACUUUUUUAUCACUUUAGCAACAGUGCUAAUUUUUCAUCUCUCUGAAACCCAUGGAUUGAUUAAUUGGUAUUUUCAUAAGAAAUACCCCAAAAGAUAUUGGCUCUGAUCAGUAAUGACAAUAAUGGUCCUUAUAGUUGCUAUUACAACACAUACACUACUGAUCAAAAGUUUUAGAACACCACACUUUUUCCAGUUUUUUACUGUUGACCAAAACAUAUUUUAAACUUUUGAUUGAUGUGUGUGUCCAGCUUUGGCAGAUAGAACAGCCGAACACACUUGCGGCUCAUUCUUUUUACAAUAGAAAUCAAAUAUUGUUCAGAAAGUUCUUCCCAAGUCUGUUGCAGAAGUUUCCAUAAAUGUGUGGCACUUGUAGGUUGCUUCACUCUUCUGUCCAGUUCAUCCCAAACCAGCUCCAUGGGGUUUAAGUCUGGACACUGUACUGCUGCUGGACACUCCAGGUUUUCAAGCUUUAUCAUCUUGUUCUUUUUUCCUGAGGUCGUUUUGGUAGAGCUUGAACUUGUGUUUUGUGUCUUUUAUCUUUUUUAACCUCUGUCUGUUCAGUUUUUACCUUUGUACCAUUUCAAGCUCUUCAUUGGACUUGCACAACUUGUUUUGAAUUGUAAAAAAUAACUGGAAAAAUAGGAUGUUCUAAAACUUUUGACCGGUAUUGUAUGUGUGGGAUAGUAGACAUAAUGUAAAUGCAUCAUACCUGCAUCGAUUCCAUAUUACAGGCCUGUAGAAAGUAGAGAUGUCAUCUGAAACGCAGUAAUAGAGUGAAUCUUCUCUGUCUAAUGCAGCUCUAUGGUCAAACACAGACACCCCCACCCGCUCCUACUGUUGGUCAGUCUCUGUAAGGUUCUGAGUGAGUGACAGGUGGUUUCAACCAAUCACAGUGAAGUAUGAGCUCUCACGUGAAACAGAUGGCUUUAGUUACCUCAUGAUAUAAAACUAAUAACUGUACCAGAGCUAUGAUAAACAUGUACCUAACCUUAAUGAAAGCCCUGAUGUAUGGUUUAGUUUUACUCUGUGGCUGGAUUGAUGAGUCUAUUAUAAGGGACAGUUUUAUUUUACAUACAACUGUACAACCAACUUAAAGAGGGGGUAUUAUGCAAAUUCAUCUUUUUGGAAUUAGUUAUAACGUUGUUCCCUCAGCAAAAACAUGCCUGGAGACAUUUUAGAGUCAUCCAUGCAUGUUUGAGCAAUCUAGCGAUCUCUCUUGGGCCCUAUGGGAACCCUUCUUAUGAUUAGCUAUAAGAUUCUGUACAAGGCUCCGCCCACAAGCCUACAUCAGCCAUGCUCCCACACGACAUUUCUCCAUAAAUACACGAAAACAGGAUGUGCAGUAGUUUCAUUAGCGGCAUGCACGCUGAUUGUGUUGUGUAGUGCUCUGAAGGGGAAGUGGCUUAGUGCAGAGAGCAUAUAGAGGGGAGACUCGUAGCAUCACAAAUUCAACUGAAACAUAUUAAUACAUUGUUUUCAGUGAAUGUACCAUGCAUUUUCAAAACAUUCAAAGAUAACAUGGUGAUCUAAUCCGUGUAUCAUUCUUUUUUUUUUUUUUCAAAAUAAAACCCAAAAUAAGAAAACAAAAAAACCAACUAUUUUCUUCAUUAUUUGUCUCAUUAUUUGUUUUUUCCAUUAUUCAUUUAAACACAAAAUUGAAAAAACUAAUUGUUAUCUGUUUUUUCAUUUUGGUUUUGGAGACAAAUAAUGAAGACUUUUUUUUUUUUUUUUUUCAUUUUCUUACUUUAGAUUUUAUUUUGAAAAACGAAUGAGCGAAUAAUACACAGAUUUGAUCUAAAUUUAUACAAUGAAUCCCUCACAGAAGUGCAAUACCUCCUCUUUAAGUACUGCUUCUGUGUCUGACCCAAGCACAAGCUGCUGUUACACAGCGACCUACUCCAGCCAUGUUCGUUACAUUUAAGAAACAUGACUCCAACACAUUAAGCAUUUUGUAUUCUUCUGACUAAAACUGUGAUUUUGUCGAGGGCACUCACAUUUUCAUGUACAUGUGGAAUAACAUUUGUAUUUAUUUAUUUUAAUUUUUUUGUGCUAAAUGUGUUUAGUUUUAACAAGAAUUUGUCAUGAUAUGUUAUUAUUACCACUGGUUGUUUACAGCUGCGUUAAAUCACAAAUGAACUGAAGGGAAGAAGUGGUUGUGAUGUAUUUUAAUGGAAUUGUUUAAAUUGUGUGUUGUAGAGGUGGGCAAUAUAUCAUUAACUGAACAGUUCUGAAGAUAUGCAAGGACAAUGAGUAUAUUGUCUAUAAUAAAACUAAAUAUAAUAUUAAUAUAAGCAAGUGAAAUUUCUGGAUUUAAUGUUAAUUUGACAGUCCUUUCACUUUUGUUUGACCAGGACAUUUAAGCCCCAUGCACACAUAAAUCCCAGAAAACUGCCGGGUACAAAAUGCCAGAAUGGAACCAUGUAGUGUAACCAGGAAACCAAGCUCGUAACCAAGGAAACUAAGCAAUGUUACUGUCAGUUUUCUGGCUUUAUUCACACACAAACCGUCCCUGUGUAUUUCCAUUUACCUGGGAAAUCUGCAAUUCAAAAGCCUCAUUCACACACGCAGCCUGACUUGGGAAUGUACCUGCAUUUUGCCAGAAGAAAGCCAGAAUUUAACUAUAUACUCAAUUAUGGCCAUACCACUUCUUGGUUUUCUCGGUUACAAGCUUUUCUGGUUAUUCUACAUGGUAAUGUUUCACUCUGGUUCAGUGUAAAUGAUGCUGUUGUGAGAAAGAGCAGCUGCACAAAUGCAGGUUAUGUGUGAACAGAGCAGACCCAGCAAUGUUCUGGGACUGGUGCAUGUGUGAACGGGUGCCACUGCUGAAUGUUCUUUUUGUACCCAGGGAACUAUGUGUGAAUGGGGCUAAAUAUGCAGGAAAAUAGUUGUGGCUUUGUUCACACAUGACCCUGUUCUGGUAAAGUGCAGGUAAACUCCCAGGCAAGGCUGCAUGUGUGAAUGGGGCUGAGCAAACCAGUUUAAGCACAUUCCUGGUGGAUUGUAAAAAUAGUUGAUUACAGUUCUUGGGGAAAGUAGUUUUGUGAGUAUGGCCCACCCCUACUGUAUAGUUUUGUUUCUCCAGUUCUUCAUAUCAUACAUGUUCUCUGGAAAGCAGACAGUGUUUUCAGUAUUCCUGAUUUGAAUUGCUUUGUUUUGCACACGCACGGCCAAUGCUGAUGUGGCUCAUGUUAAACGGAAGCGAGCUCCUGUAGUUUCCUCUGGUGUUUGUUUGGUCUGGUCUCUGAGGUGGACGCCUGAAGCAGGUGUACAGACGCUUUACUCCUGGGCUGCAUGAUAUGAACGCUAAAAUACUACAAUAAUCAACAAGGCCUGUCUCAUUUAUAUGCUGCAGAAAAUAUGACGAUAAAUUCCACAAAACAAUAUUUUAAAUUAAAGUUGCACUCUGGAACCUAUCUGCUUGCCUCCAUGGAGAUGUUACUGCUUUCCCUGAAAUGUUCCACAGUAUGGCAUUAAACAAUGACUUAAAUAAUCUUUUUUCAAUUACAGGUGUUGUUAAUGCUCAAAAAUAAAUGCCUUCCACAGAUCUGAUCUGUAACUUGACAGUGUCUCCCAGUUGUCUCCAGUGAGAUGGGUGAGUUAAAUGCUAUACUUUGGAACAUUGCCUUGAAUUCAACAUACUGAACUUGUUUGUUGUUUGAGUAGAGAGUUCUUUGUCAGAAGGGCCGCUGGUGCAGAUUGGCAUGUUCACGUCCUACAGUCUGCCCCAGGGCAGCUGUGGCUACAAUAAUAUCUGAUCACCAGUGAGAGUGUAGUGAGUGAAUACUGCACUGUGGUGUUCUGUCUGACUUGGAAGGCACUAGCUCACAACUUAAAUAUGACUGAAAAUCUUCCAACACACUAUAGAAACAGAAAUAAUAGUUUGACUAGUUGACUGCUUUUCCUCCAAAUAUAAGUUUCUCAUUGUUGGGCCAUAUUCAAGAGGAAAAGUGUGUUAGGUGGAAGGGCACCAAGUGCUACCAUAUCUUUGUUUGUUUUAACAUGAGUAUUGCAGUAUUUCUAUCAUUUGUGAGUAUUUUAUGCAGCCCUGGUGUAGCUUGACCUGGACAAAUGUCUGCGUGACACGUACUGGCUUCAUUCCUCAGUUGUGCAAUAGAUGUUACAUACUUUUUAGUCU